UUAUAUAUAGAAAGAGCAUUUAAGAAAACAGAAAUCAGAUUGUAUAUAUAUAUAUGUUGAAAAAGAAUUCAAAUAGUAUAUAUUAUAAUAAAACGUGCUCUCUGGAUCAUAUGAAUCACAUAAAGUUUAACAAAUCAGUUAGUUUACCAAAGAUAACCAAAAACUGAGAAAACAUUUCAGACAUCAUCAGAAGACAGAACAUCAAAGUUAAGUUCUAUGGAACAUAGACAGAAGAAAAGGCAUCUGACUCGGUCACUACCAUUGGACUUAUCCUUCCCACCAAACAAGCACACAGCAGAACUUUUCUUCCAUUUCCCACCAGCUGCACGAAGAGGAGAGAACUGAGUAGACACUGAAGCAGUUGCUCUGAGAGUAAACGAACGACGGAGAAGCUCGCGGAGGUCUGAGAGGGAACGAGGAAGCGUUUAUCCAUCUUGAAGGAGGAGCAUAACGGUGUCGUUUCAGUUGAUGGUUCUAUUUAUUUCUAAACCAUGUUCUAAUCUUUCUAAACCAUGGGUUGGUUGACUGAACCGGUUUAAUUGAUAAGUUGUAGUUGUAAACACCCCGCAUGAGUUGAUGACAACUUGCUCUAUCAAUUGUGUUCGGUUUGGUUACUUUGUUCUAUAAAACAAUUUUUGUUAGUUGUUUUGAUUUUGUUUUGUUUUACGUACACCGGUUUUAAAAUCAUAAGAACUUAGUUUUUGUAUUUACUAUAUUUUUAUUUAUUAUCCAGUCUAAGCAGUAAGAUCACUAUUACUUUUUAUAUUCAUUGGUUAGCUAGAUAAUUUUGUUCAGUAGAAAUUCAUCUUCUUGCAAUUUUUAUCUUCUAAUGACCAGCAAAAAAAAAUUGAAUGAUCCAGUGAGAAACCUCAAACUUUUGAACUGAUACAAACUUGCUUAUCUACAUCAAGUUAUAUUUAGAAUGAUUUCAAUAUAAUUAAUUGUUUUCCAAAAACAAAAUGACCGAAUUCAUAACCCACAUGAAAUUUUUGGGGUCAUCUACUUAUUAUGUAAUGGUACAAAACUGGGUACAAAAGGGUCCAUCGAUUUGGACUAAGAAAAAGCAAAUUGAUAAUCGCGAAAUGCCUAACCUUGAUACAAAAUAUCAUUUAAAUAGACAAAAUUUUACACUAUAAAUACAAACACACACCACCUUCAUUUCUUCACACACAACUAUUUCUCCCACUCACGAAACAAAAAAAAUGGCUACCCAAAUAUCGAUUCUAAAAAACACUCUCAUCCUUUUUCUCUUCACCUUAACCAUCCUAACAAAAACCACGUUCUCUCAACACUGCGAUUUUACAGGAUGUGCGAGUUUCAUGUGCUGCAGUAGGUAUGGAUACUGUGGCACCACAGCCGAUUAUUGUGGCACAGGAUGCAGAAGCGGGCCUUGCAGCUACGAAAGCGGUGGUGUAGGUCUCAACGCUGCCCCACGUGAUAGAAUUGCAAAUGUUGUCACACCAGCAGUUUUUGCUGGUAUCAUGAGCAAAGUAGAAAACGGCUGCCCAGCAAAAGGUUUCUACACUCGUCAGGCUUUCAUCACGGCUGCUCAAUCGUUCCCGGCCUAUCGAGGAACCGUCGCUAAGCGUGAAAUCGCCGCCAUGUUGGCUCAGUUCUCACACGAAUCUGAUAGUUUUUGUUACAAAGAAGAAAUAGCAAGAGGAAGGUACUGCCAAGCUAGCUCAGUCUACCCUUGUCAACCGGGAAAGAACUAUUACGGUCGUGGUCCUAUCCAAAUCACAUGGAACUACAACUACGGUGCAGCCGGAAAGUUCCUUGGACUCCCUCUAUUGACUGAUCCAGAUAUGGUGGCUCGUAGUCCUGAGGUGGCCUUUAAGUGUGCCAUGUGGUUCUGGAACGAAAAGGUUCGUCCCGUGGUGGACCAAGGCUUUGGAGCCACCACACGUAGGAUUAACGGUGGGGAGUGCGACGGUGGGAGUCCGACAAGGGUGCAAAGCAGAGUUAAUCGCUACUUGGAGUUCUGUAGGCAGUUUGGGAUCUCCCCUGGAACAAGUCUUAGUUGUUAAAGACAUUUCAUGUGGUUAAUAUGGCAACCUUCAUGCUAUCAUGUUGGUCUCGCGCGUGUGAGUUAAUAAGUAAAUGGUGUGUGAAUAAAAGGUUAUGAGGUGUAACCUAAUGAAUGUAACAUACUAUCAUGUGUUGUCUGUAUCAGUUGUCAUAAAAUAAUGUAUCCAUCAUAAUAAACA